GAGUCUUCUUCGAGAAGCACAGCAGAAGGGUGGCGUGCAGGACGAUGAGGGCCUUCCAGGGAGCUUCUGCUCUCCUGGCUCUGUUCCUCGCAGCCUUUCUGCCCUCGCCCAUGGGCACCCAGGACCCCGCCAUGGUGCACUACAUCUACCAGCGUUUUCAAGUCUUGGAGCAAGGACUGGAAAAAUGUACGCGAGCCACGAGGGCGUAUGUGCAAGAUUUCCGAGAGUUCUCAAAAAACAUAUCGGUAUUGCUGGGAAGAUGUCAGACCUACACGAGCGAGUAUAAGAGUGCGGUGAACCAGCUGGCGCUGAGAGUGGAACGCGCCCAGAGGGAGAUCGACUACCUGGAGUACCUGCGCGAAGCUGACGUGUGCAUAGAAUCAGAAGACAAGACACUGGCAGAAAAGCUGGCCCAAGAAGCUGAAGAAGAUAAAAAGAUCAGGACUCUGCUGAAUGCAACCUGUGACAAUAUGCUGAUGGAGAUAAAGUCCCUGAAAAUAGUGAAGAGGACUACAGACACGGAUGGGUCUUGGAUGAAAGAUGUUAUUGGCAACUCUCCAAAGGUUUAUUUCUUAGUUGGAUCCAGAAACAACACUGUUUGGGAAUUUGCAAACAUACGGGCAUUCAUGGAGGACAGCAGCAAACCAGCCCCCCGAAAAUUAAUCCUAACACAUUCCUGGCAGGGAACAGGGCAGGUGAUCUACAAAGGUUUUCUAUUUUUUCAUAGGCAAGGGACUCCUAAUGAGAUCAUCAAAUAUAAUCUGCAGAAGAGGACUGUGGAGGAUCGACUGCUGCUUCCAGGAGGGGCGGGGCGAGCUCCGGUCUACCAGCACUCCCCUUUCAUUUACAUCGACCUGGCUGUGGAUGAGCAUGGGCUCUGGGCCGUCCACUCGGGACCAGGUAUUGGCCACUUGGUUCUCACAAAGAUUGAGCCUGGCACUCUGGGAGUGGAGCACUCGUGGCAUACUCCAUGCAGAAGCCAGGAUGCUGAGGCGUCCUUCCUCUUGUGUGGAGUUCUCUACGUGGUCUACAGUACUGGUGGCCAUGGCCCCCAUCGCAUCACUUGUGUCUAUGACCCACUGGGCACUAUCAAUGAAGAGGACCUGCCCAAGUUGUUCUUCCCCCGGCGGGCCAGAAGUCACUCUGUGAUCCAUUACAACCCCCGAGAUAAGCAGCUCUAUGCCUGGAAUGAUGGAAACCAGAUCAUUUACAAACUCCAGACAAAGAGAAAGAAGCCUCUAGAAUAAUGCAUUCCAGCCGGGAGGGAGAACCUGGGCCUGGCUACCGCUCUCCAGGACAGGGAGUCCACAGCCCCUUUGUGUCACUAACCACAUCCAGGGAUAGAGUCCAGAAGGGGGAUGUAUCUGUUUCCUUUCUCAGAUGUUGCUGCUUUAGGUAUCUUCCAACAGCUUAAAUGUGAAUCUGUCAUUCAGAAAUUUUUAACAACUUCCAUCACCCACCCAAACCUCCUGGCUCUCAAGGCCUUGAUCCAGCUUACUUUGAGCCUUUUCUUUUAUUAACAUUGACUCUAACUGCCCCCUAGCCCCAGCAAUUAGAAAUGUAGGGCCCCCCAUAAUCCUCCUGGCUUUUUUCUCCUCUGGCUUUUGCUCAAGUUCUUCCCUCCUUCACAAAUUCCUGUUGAUAUUGUGCUGUUUUUCACUGCCUGACUAAAGUAUUAUUUCUUCUCUCUUUAAUUUUUAAAAAUUUAAAUUGUUUGAUAAAAAAAUUAUUCAAUAACAUAUAUUAUAACAUUAUAUAAGUUUCAAGUGUGCAUCAUUUUAAAUCAAAUGUAUAUACUACAAUAGUGAUAUUGUAGUAUUGGUAUUAUCAUGGUAUUAGUGAAAUUUCACCACUAAAAGUCCAAUUCUACCCUUCACCACACCACUGACCCCUUUUACCUGAUUCUACUUUUACUAGUACUAUUUCUUAUUGAUGUUUAAUCUUGAAUUUCCCUAGCCCUUCCUACCUGCCCUUUUCACCAGCUAGGUAGCUGUAAAAAUAGAGCAAAAAUAUGAACAUUUGCAAACCACGGUCUAGUUACAAAGUGUAUGCAUCUAUGUCACCUCAAUUAGUUCUCACCUCACUCUGUGAGAUAGUAGAACAAGUCUUUAUAAUUGCUUUAUAAUUCAAGAUGAAUUAUAAAGUUUUUAUAAUUGGAGAUGAGGUGAGUUUAGGCAAGCCAUUCAUAGUUACAAAAGGACAAUAGAGUUAGAAAAUUCUGCUAGUCCCAAGGAAGCCUCCCAUAUGUAUGUCUGUCCCUGCAACCUUUGACAAGCAAUAUGUUCACCAUUUCAGCCUAAAUGGCCUGCCUUUUAGUCAGUUUUCUUGUCUGCACAAGACCUUGUAUAGUCCUUGCAAAAGUCGCUUCCUCCAGAAAAACAGCCUAAGGGUGAGAGCCCCACCUCUAGUGUCCUCUUGUCUUACCACCCCCCCUCAUUUCUCUCUUCUUGCUUGAAAUAUUGAUACAAUAAAACUGACACCAAGCAAAUAAACCUCACCUGCUCAUAUUUGCCUAUCUGCCCACAGCUUGAAAGCUUUUGGGGAGUGCUGCCGGUGGACAGUCCCAAUAUACUGAGGCCUUUGGUAAAUAUUCUGGAAUCUGGAUGGGAGCCAGAGAGCAGGCAAGUAACUCCCUGC